UACAAAACCCUUCCCUUUCUCUUUCUCUCUCUAACCCCCCCCCCUCACCACCACUAUAAAUGCCCUCCUAAAAAACUCCGCUCCCCUUCUUCCCUUCUCUCUCUAUUUCCUCUCCAUCCCUGUUUUUCUUUUUUUUCUAUCCUUUUCUCUCUGAUUUUUAUCCUUUUCGGGCUCUUCGGUAUUGAUGCCCUUUAAGUGAUUGCAAUGGGAGUUUAGUGUGUUGUCUCUUUCUAGGCGGGCGGCAAUUUCUGCAACCCUUGUGCUUGGAUCUGCCUUUUGGUGGCCUCAUAUGAAGACUUAUGGGCCUUUAAUGUGCUGUGGUCGGAUUUUUAUGAAAUUCAACAUAUUUUUUAUGGAGUGAGUGGUGGAUGGAAAUGCUUGUAUAUUUCGAACAUACGAGGGAAUGGCAGAGAUGGCCGGGGAUCCUGGGCACUCGGAAUCAGAGCAUUCUCAUGGUAGCUGGUGGCUCCCUGGCCUUGCUGAAAAGUUGCAAUCUGUGGCUUUGGAUUCUCAAGAGAGGAAUGUGGAUGUUGGGUACUCUGGAUGUCACCUUGAGCACGAUGAUAUGUCACCACUUGCAGCAUCACAGGUUCUAUGGGCAAGUGGAGUGUUUACUGGAGUCAUUCCUAAUGGAUUUUACUCUGUCAUUCCUGAAAAGAAACUCAAGGAUCAGUUUGAUAACAUUCCUUCUCAAGACGAGCUGAAUUCAUUGGAAAUGGAUGGUGUUCGAGCGGACAUUAUCUUGGUGGAUGCGGAGAAGGAUAAGAAGCUCACUAUGCUUAAGCAGCUUGUUGUAGCACUAGUUAAAGGAUUACAUUCAAAUCCGGCUGCAAUGAUUAAAAAAAUUGCAGGAGUGGUUUUUGAUUUCUAUGGACGAACUGGUCCAGAAGGAGGUCCUGCUAAAGCUGCACUAGAGGAAAAUGCUCAUGGAUCUGAGCAUCGAGGUUUUCAGCUAUUGGGGCAAAUAAAAAAUGGCUCAUGCCGACCAAGAGCAAUUUUAUUUAAAGUGCUUGCUGAUGCUGUUGAUCUGGGUUGUAAACUUAUGGUGGGCAUACCUAGUGAUGGUGCUGUCGGGUGCACAGACCCUUACAAACACAUGUCAGUUUUAGUUAUGAUAAAUUCUGUGGACCUUGUGGUUGAUCUUAUGCGUUAUCCGGGCCACCUGAUACCAUUUUCAACCAAAGCACUUAUAAUGUACCAUAUUUCUGCUGGAGGAGAAAGCGACUCUGCGGAAAAUGAUUCCUGUGAUUCUCCUCUUGAACCAAACAGUCCUCUUUGUGGACUUUCAGACAGAAUGGAUGGUGAAGGCCUGGAGCUAGAUGACAACAGCUCCAGAUCUUUUGGUCCAAGGAAGGUUGAAUCGAAUGCAGCUGGUCCUUCACUUAGAAACAUAAUGCUCAGACUCCCAUCUGUUGAGGGAAAGCUCAGCCUGUCUCAUAGUGAACCCAAUAUUGCAAAUGCAUUUUGGCGACGCAGCAGGAGGAAAGCCAUUGCUGAGCAGCGCACAGCUAGCUCCAGUCCAGAGCAUCCUUUAUUUAGAGCACGGGGUCGUUCUAUGCUCAGUGGGCAUCGACAGUCAUUUGGGGAAGAUGGGGAUGGCAGCACUUCAUCAAGGUCUGAUGGAGCAUCAACAUCAGAUGCACGACGGAUAAGAAGGCGAAGUAUUAGCAUUACUCCUGAGAUCAGUGAUGACAUUGUUAGAGCUGUAAGGGCAAUGAAUGAAACACUUAAGCAGAAUCGCCUUUUGAACGAGCAAGGAAAUGAAGAUUCAGGUGGUCAGCUGUCAGAUGCCAAAAUUAGCUCUAGUGAUCAACGAGAAAGUGCAGCCAACUUUCAACUCAAGAGCCAUGAUGGAAUAUCUGGUGAAAGGAUUGCUAGAUAUAGUUUUCCAAAGAAUCAUUUCAGUUCCAACCAGAAGACAGUUUCCUUACCUUCAUCUCCUCAUGAGUUCAGUAGGAGUCAACAUUCUCUGGAAAGUAGGACGUCAGGCUUUGCGCCAACAGAAGAUAUGGUUGCAACUUGGAACAAAGUUUUGGGUUCUUCAACGUUACAAAACAGGCCCUUAUUACCUUUCAACGAAUGGAAUAUUGAUUUUUCAGAAUUAACUGUUGGGACUCGUGUGGGUAUUGGGUUCUUUGGAGAAGUGUUUCGUGGUAUAUGGAAUGGGACAGAUGUUGCAAUUAAGAUCUUUUUGGAGCAGGACUUGACUGCUGAGAACAUGGAAGAUUUCUGCAAUGAAAUAUCACUCCUUAGUCGCCUACGGCAUCCAAAUGUUAUAUUAUUCCUUGGUGCAUGCACAAAGCCUCCUCACUUGUCAAUGGUUACUGAAUAUAUGGAAAUGGGUUCACUAUAUUACCUAAUCCAUAUGAGUGGCCAGAGUAAAAAGAUUAGUUGGCGCAGAAGAUUAAAGAUGCUUCGUGACAUAUGCAGGGGGUUGAUGUGCAUACAUAGGAUGACAAUAGCACAUCGUGACCUGAAAAGUGCAAACUGCCUGGUCAAUAAGCAUUGGACUGUCAAGAUAUGUGAUCUUGGUCUCUCAAGGGUAAUGACUCAGGUGCCCAUGAGAGACUCCUCUUCUGCAGGCACCCCAGAGUGGAUGGCUCCUGAGCUCAUUCGCAACGAGCCCUUUACAGAGAAGUGCGAUGUUUUUAGCCUCGGAGUAAUAAUGUGGGAGCUUUGCACCUUAAGGAGGCCUUGGGAAGGAGUCCCUCCGAUGCAAGUAAUUUAUGCAGUUGCACAUGAAGGAGUGCGGCUGGAGAUACCGGAAGGUCCCUUGGGCAAGCUAAUUUCAGACUGUUGGGCAGAGCCAGAGGAAAGGCCUAGUUGUGAGGAGAUACUUACCCGAUUGAAUGAGUGCGAGUAUACGCUCUGCUGAUGCAUUUUGUGUAAAUAUUGACUAAGCCCCCAAAAUAUUUUUGUUCCACCUGUUGUUUCAUUCUGUAAAUCAAUUUGUUUCUUUAACAUUAAAACAGUUUAGUUCCUUUCUGCUGCGGCCAUUUGCCAGACAACAACUGUGCCUCUGUAAGCAGUGAAAUUGUAAAGCAAUAAUGGAAGGGGACAGCUCCAAUUGAAAUGGUUUAUCACUCUU